AUGUCCAAGACCCCUACGUUUGAAGAGAUCACAAGCUGCCAGCGCGUCCUCUUCGAAUGGGCCGACAGCUACGACACGAAAGACUGGGAACGUCUGCGUAAGAGCGUGGCUCCCACCCUCCGAAUCGACUACCGCUCCUUCCUCGACAAGAUCUGGGAAGCGAUGCCGCGCGACGAGUUCAUCGGCAUGGCCUCCGACCCGCGCUUCCUGGGCAACCCGCGGCUCAGGACGCAGCACCUGGUCGGGCUGAGCACGUGGGCGAAGACGGCCGACGACGCGAUCGUGGGCCACCACCAGCUGCGCGUCGCGCAUCAGCGGUACACGGACGAGAGCCGCACCGAGGUGGCGGUCAAGGGCCAUGCGCACGGCACCGCGACCAUGUGGUAUGCCCGCGUCGACGGGGAGUGGCGGUUUGCGGGCGUGUGUCCGCAGAUCCACUGGACGGAGUUUGAUUACGAUCAGGUGUUUGCCGAGGGGAAGGCGCAUUUCGGGGAGGGCGGGGAGGGUGGGCAUUGA